AUGGCGAACAAAAUCGACCAAUACUCUCAGAGUAGGGAUGUAGCGCCAUCAAAAACUCUUCGCGAUGAGUACAAAAAUAGCUAUAACAGAACCGCCCCUUUGCCUCCAUUAUCAACCUUAACAGAAAGAUGCGAAACUCCAAGUUCUAAACCUAUUCCAAUAAGUCCCAAGUCUACCGAGUCCGCAUCCGAGAGCCCACGCCGCAUCAAGAACUCGAAAGAUGCUGAAAGUAACACACUAGGCUCGAUGCGAACGAGUCCUAGUGACAAAGAAACUCUCAGCAGUAGGAAUGGUGUAGGUUUGAGUGGAGCAGGAAACUUUGCAGACUUCUUUAGCUCUGAAGUUUUUUAUAUUGUGCUUCGCAAUCCGACAACUGCGCAUCGAUUCUUAAGAUUUUGUCAAAGUCGUUCUUGUUCGGAAGACCUCGAAUUUUUGCAAAAGAUUGAUGAGUACAAUCGAUUGAUCGAUGAAGCAACUCGUCUUCUUUCCACUAUACACUCAACCUUCCUCUCAUCAGAAGCACCAAAGCAAAUCAGUGUUUCUAGUUCUCAUGCCCAGCGAUUAUCACAUGAUAUCAAGAACGCGACACAUGAUGUUCUUCCCGGCCUGGAGGACAUCUUCAAUGGAGUUCAGGAACCAAUUGAGAAACUGUUGGCUAGUGAUUUGUACCCACGUUUUGUGAAACAUCAAGUGACGGCUUCAGCAACCAUGGCACUGGCAAAUGACAAGGAAAGAUAUCCUGGCUUAGGUGACUGUUUUUGCUUAACUGAUCCAAGACAAGCCGAUAAUCCAAUUGCAUUUGCUUCCGAUGGCUUCGUGUCCGUCACGGGAUACUCUCGAACAGAUAUCAUUUCUCGAAACUGUCGCUUCCUACAAGGGUCAUAUACUGAUCGCCAGUCGACCAAACGUCUACGAGCCUCCAUUGAAGACUGUGAAGAAACAGUUGAAUUACUUCUCAAUUAUCGUAAAAACGGCGACCCUUUCUGGAAUCUCCUACACGUAUCCCCAUUAACAGACGGCAAUGGAGACGUCAAAUUCUUUCUCGGCGGACAAAUAAAUUGCAGUACGACUAUCCACAGUCGUACCGAUGUUCUUAAGAUUUUGAGUCUAAAUGACGAGGAUAACGAAAGUGUUACAGAGGGAAGUAGGAAAACCCCAAGCGUGGGGAGUAAGGAAUCCAAUAAUCAAAGUAAAAAUGGGAAAAGUUCCUUCUUUAAAAGCUUUAAGAAGUACCAUGCGAAUACGAUAAAAAUUCGGGGGGAAGCUGGAAUGGAGGGGGAAUUAAUAGACAGGAUUGGAAAGCUAGACUUCAAAAUGCAAGUCGAGGAGUUUUAUACAGCUUAUUCAAAGUAUUUCGUCCUAUCCUACCAACCUCAAUCGCAACAUCUAAUCGUCAAAUACUACUCCCCAGGAAUAAUCGACAUGCUUGGGCUCAACCUCCCAAGCGGAGACGUAGCCCCCAUAGUCGAUAAGGACAUCUUCAAAUUUCUCACCGAACACUCUCCUUCAUCCAUACCACGAAAUUUCAAAACCGUAGUUAAAGAAGGCAUCAAAGCCGGCAAAGCGGUAUCAGUUGAAACGGGAUUACUAACUGGAACUGAGGAAGUGAAGAAAUCUCAAGGGAUUUUCGGGGGUGUUGUACUGGAUAAGGAGAAGGGGUGGAAGAGGGCAGAGGAACAAUAUGUUUGUCAUUUUACGCCUUGUAAGGAUAUGGAGGGAAAAGUAGGGUGGGUGGUUUUGACAGUGGCGCCAAAGGUGAGUUACAAGUAUUUGGAAUUGAUUAUUCAAUACACAAAUACACAUGGACCUCUUCAACAGAACCAAAAGGCUGGAAAAUUCAUCGGUACCAAAACCUCGGGCGGCGGGGAGGGCAGCAUCACAUACUCGAGUGUAGGAAGAGAGGAAUUACGGCGAUAA